AUGAAUAGACCUCCAAAUUCACCACCACAUGCGCAACAGGACCCCUCGUCCCCCCCUCCGCAAUCGAUACCACUGCAGAAUCUCGCCCGGCCGCCAGGUGAAUACGACUAUGGGAAUGGCUAUCGUGGAGGGGUGGCCGCGGGAGAAGCGUCGAGUGCGCGCAACACUCAACGACUGUCGCCCUCGGCGAAUGCCAACUUGCCGGGCAUAUCGACUUACUGGGAGCAACCGCAGGGCUUUCACCACCAACACGAUCUAGGGGAGAUGAGCCCAGGCUCGCCUAUAGACCCGGCCGCUUUGCAGUUUGCGCUCCCCCCAGAAAUACAUCCUCCCGCGCCAGAACUACCUCGGGCAAGUUCAUCAUCCUCGAACCCGUACGCCUCGCCGACCCCAUACUAUGACGAGCCAACGAAUCAGGACUAUUUCGAGUCGGAUAGGGCUCCUCUGACGUCGGCAGCCCAGCCAAUCUCGGGUGCCCUUGCAACUCCGAGCGCCGAGCCGCCGUCGAGGAAUAGCUUCCAAACUGUAUCCGACAUUGAUGACGUGCGGUCGUCAAGGCCUCGCGACACAAAGAUGCUCGGGUUCGAUCUAGGCCCGGAUCACGAGGCGGACAAGCAUCGUAGUUAUGGCCACUCUCUUACGCCCAGGGACCACCGUGUCUCACGCUCCCCAGGGACGGCGCUAUACAGAGCUGGGUCCAUUGUUAGAGCCAUGUCCCAGCGUGUUGUAAACAUUAGCGGUGAAGCAGAUACGUUAGAGCAGCAACAGCGUCGUGCGCGCUCAAGGUCACCGAGUGUCGACGGACGGAUACCUUUGGAAAAUGCACGCCUGUCUGCUGAUACGUCGUAUCAGUCGCAGGUCUACCCCCCCGAAAAGACGGGCGAUCCCCGGCUGGCCUUCGUGGAGGAGUCCCAGUAUCAGGAGCCUCGGGUACCGAUGGCAAACCCGCUCAAAGGUCGUUCUCUAGGCAUCUUCGGCCCGGACAAUCCCAUCAGGACUAGGCUCUGCGACUUACUUGUCAAUCCCUGGUUAGAACCGAUCGUUCUAGUCUUGAUCGUUCUGCAGGUCAUCCUCUUGGCUGUUGAGGCCGCUCCAAAUGUUUUCGAUGAUGGGAACCAGAGGCCUCCGAAAUGGGCUGGCACGAAGACGGAGUGGACGAUGUUGAUACUUUUUGGGAUUUUCUCCCUGGAGAUCGUUGCACGCAUCAUCGUCUCUGGGUUCAUCUUGAAUGCUAGCGAGUACAGUACUAUCGACAGGAAGAAAGGCAUCCGAGCAGUGGUGACAGACCAGUACCAGGCUGUCUUUGGGCCGCAGCGGCAGAAGUCCGUCAAAACACCUCAAAGAGAGAACUUUGGACCUUCAACAUUUGCCCGCUCGUUCACGGUGAUGCACGGCCAAAGGUUGCCAGAGACGGUCGAGGAAUCCAUGCGGAUGCAGCUUGCUCGUAGAGCUUUUCUACGGCAUGGGUUCAACCGACUUGAUUUUGUGGCGAUCGUGUCGUUUUGGAUAACCUUUGUGCUCAGUAUCACUGGGCUUGAAAUGCAGUACCACCUCUUCAUUUUCCGCAUGAUGAGCUGCCUCCGUAUUGUCAGGCUUCUUGCGUUGACCAAUGGCACAGCGAUCAUCUUGCGAAGUCUAAAAAAAGCGGCCCCUUUACUGAUUAGGGUAUCAUUCUUGAUUUGUUUCUUCUGGGUGCUUUUCGCGAUUAUUGGCAUCCAAAGCUUUAAAUCAAGCUUGAGUCGCCAAUGCGUCUGGGUAGAUCCCCUCGAUCCGACAAACAUUACUGCAGCGUACCCCUACAACCUACAAUUUUGCGGAGGCCACUUAGACAAUACCACCGGUGCGGAGCGCCCAUGGGUAUAUAGCAGGGACGAGCCCGGGUCACUUCAGGAUCUAGUGGACAACGAUGCAGCCCCCAAGGGAUUUUUAUGUCCCAAAGGUUCACUGUGUCUGCAGUCAACGGGUCCAUUCAACAAUACGGUGAACUUCGACAAUAUUAUACACUCUCUUGAACUGGUGUUUGUCAUCAUGAGCGCCAAUACCUGGUCGGACCUGAUGUAUUAUACGACCAACUCGGACUACCUUCCGGCGGCCCUCUUCUUCGCGGCUGGCAUCAUGAUAAUGAUGCUUUGGAUGACCAAUCUCUUGAUUGCUGUCAUUACAUCAUCGUUUCAAGUUAUUCGUGAAGAAAGCAAAUCAAGUGCUUUCACAGCGGCAGCUCAAGAGCCUCUCAUGCCGGUUCAAGCGGAUACAGAUCGACUUCGGCGAAUCUCGACCUUGCAGAAGAUAUACGACAAAAGCCAACUUUUUUGGGUCUUGCUCAUCACGUUUGAUCUAAUCAUCAUGGCUUUCCGUAGCUCCAGAAACAGCCGCGAGACGUUGAUCAGCGUGACGGAGGUUGUCGUCACACUACUACUUGACAUUGAAAUAGUCAUUCGGUUCGCAGCCGACUGGCGAGCGUUCCACCGAAGCUAUCGGAAUCUCUUCGAUCUCUUCUUGGCUGUGGCGACUUCAAUCAUCAUUAUCCCGCCGAUCAAACAACAAGAGCAGGUGUACGUCUGGCUCACAGUAUUCCAAAUCCUAAGGAUCUAUCGUGUGGUCCUAGCGGUCCCGGUCACCCGCAAGCUCAUCCUACUUGUGCUUGGUAACGCUGCCGGUAUCGGUAAUCUAAUGCUCUUCGUGUUCCUGAUAACCUUCCUCAUGGCAAUUCUUGCUGUCCAGCUCUUCCGUGGCGAAAUCCCCAUGUAUGACGACGACAACAACCUGAACGAAAUAUCAUUUAACACGAUAUACAACGCUUUCUUGGGCAUGUAUCAGAUUCUCUCGAGUGAGAAUUGGACCAGCAUCCUCUACGACGUAACGUCAUACACUACUCACCUGGGAACCUCUUUUUACGGUGCUAUCUUCUUGAUAGGAUGGUUCGUAUUGGCGUUCUUCAUCAUCGUCAACAUGUUUAUUGCAGUCAUUCAAGAAAACUUUGACGUUUCGGAGGACGAAAAGCGACUGGAGCAAGUUAAGGCGUUUCUUCAGAGAAAGGAGUUGGGAAGCAACUCUAGUAACUUAGCACUUUCCGCGAUCUUCACUUUUGGCAAGAAUCGAAAGAAGAAAGAUCCUCUCGACUACGGGCCCGCCACGAUGGAAAUGUUACUUAAAGAUGCCGUCGUCCGGGAAUUCUUAGACGACAGCAUGGAUCCACUACAGCAGUCAGCCUCAGGCACCGAGUCACCUCAACAAGGAAAGUCGGGGGAUGUCCGCCCCGGUAUGCUUUCAUCGGCAUGGGGAAGAUUUAAAUCCAACUUCACGAGCAAAGAGCCUAAUCCGUUCUACAACAACCUGAAGUUUGAUGGUCCAAACGAUACCCUGGAUCCUCGGGCCAUGGCGAGGCAAGCUGUCACCCUCACCUCCGCGCGCCGGAAGGCUCAGCGCGAAUAUUUGGCACGACAUCCAACGUACAACAACGCGCUCUACCUAUUCAAACCACAAAACAAACUGCGCCGCUUGUGCCAAAGGCUGGUCGGACCUGGUCGGGGCUUCGAACGCUUCGAUGGUGUGGAACCUAACAAGAUUGCGUGGUACGCCUUCUCAGCAUUCAUCUACGCAGCAAUUGUUGCCAUGGUGAUACUGGCUUGCGUGACUACGCCGUUAUACCAGAAGGAGUACUUUCAGAUCAAUGACCCCAAAAAGACGAAUUGGUUUGUCUGGGUUGAUAUGGGGUUUGCCAUCGUAUUUACGGUUGAGGCUGUCAUCAAGGUCGUGGCUGAUGGCCUUUUCUUCACGCCCAAUGCCUACUUCAGAAGUUCUUGGGGUUUCAUUGACGGCGUGGUGCUCAUUACGCUCUGGAUCAAUGUUAUAACACUCCUGGCUAACGAUGGGGCCGUCUCUAGAGCUGUUGGCGCCUUCAAGGCUCUCAGAGCUCUACGCCUGCUCAACGUCAGUGACAGUGCAAGGCAAACGUUUCAUUCCUUGAUCAUCGUUGCUGGCGGGAAGCUUCUUGGAGCUGCCUUUGUCUCAAUGUCUCUCUUGAUCCCGUUUGCUAUCUAUGCUCUGAAUCUGUUCAACGGAAAACUGGUUUCCUGCAACGAUGAAAACGUCUUCAAUUUGACUGACUGCUUCGGCGAGUACGAGACUUCGCCCUUAAGGGACGAUUGGACAUUUCUAGCACCUCGCGUGGCAGCAAAUCCAUACUACACUUUCGAUGAUUUUGGGUCCUCGCUUUUUAUCCUUUUCCAGAUCGUUUCACAAGAAGGAUGGGUGGAUGUCUCUUUCUCGGCACAAUCGAUCACACAACGAGGGCUCCAACCAUCAGCAGGUGCAUCCCCAGGGAACGGGCUUUUCUUCGUCAUCUUCAACAUCUUGGCGACGGUCUUUGUGCUCACUCUGUUCAUUUCUGUCUUUAUGCGCAACUAUACCGAGUUGACAGGAGUGGCUUUUCUUACAACUGAGCAACGAUCCUGGCUCGAGCUGCGCAAGUUGCUCCGCCAGAUAUCUCCGUCCAAGAGCUCUUACGAUGACUCGGAGAACAAAUGGAAGAAAUGGUGUCACAAGAGGGCCAUCGAAAAACGCGGCAAAUGGUAUACUGCGGUCACCUUUAUUCUUGUUUUCCAUUUCAUCCUGCUCAUGCUCGAGUUUUAUCCCGAGCCCGAAUGGUGGACACGAACAAGAGACGUGCUUUUCCUUUUGUUCGCGCUCAUUUACAUCGCCAACAUCGUCAUUCGGAUUGUCGGUCUCGGCUGGACACGAUUCCGAAGAAGCUCAUGGGAUGUCUUUUCCCUCGUUUCUGUCGCGGGUGCUUUUGGGACCUCGGCACUACUGUUCAGCAAUGAGAGAGACUCGGUCUACAUUCGACUGCACAAGACGUUCUUGGUUGCAAUCGUUCUCCUCUUGAUCCCGAGAAACGACGCUCUGGACCAGCUUUUCAAAACGGCAGCUGCCAGUCUGACAACAAUUAUCAAUCUUCUGGCUACGUGGUUUGUCUUCUUCCUGGUGUUUGCUAUUGCAUUCACUCAAACGUUCAGCCUCACGCGUUUCGGGGGCGACGAAGAAGCCAACAUUAAUUUCAGGACCGUGCCGAAAGCCCUUAUCCUUCUCUUCAGGAUGAGCUGUGGCGAGGGCUGGAAUCAAGUGAUGGAAGACUACGCAAAUAUCGAACCACCGUUCUGUGUUGAGAACGAAGAGUUCUUCGACAGUGAUUGCGGUAGUUUGGCUUGGGCCAGAGGGCUGUUCAUUGCAUGGAACUUGAUCAGCAUGUACAUCUUCGUGAAUUUGUUCAUCUCUCUUAUCUAUGAGAGUUUCUCCUACGUCUACCAGCGGUCCAGCGGGCUGGCCAGCCUUGACCGUCACGAGAUCCGACGGUUCAAGGAGGCAUGGCGCAGCGUUGAUCCAGCAGGCACCGGGUUCAUCAGCAAGGAAGCAUUCCCGAAAUUACUGGCAGAGCUCUCUGGGGUUUUUGAGAUGCGGAUCUACAACUCGGAAGACUCUGUUCGCCAGAUUCUAGAAGACGUUCGCGCCGAAGCCCCGCGAGCAAGACAUGCCUCGAUAGCUUCGACAAGUGCGCUGUCGACAGGCGUUGAUAUUAAGAGGCUGAAUGAACGGCUGAAUAUGAUCGAUAUACAGGGCGUCCGCCAGCGUCGCCGACGAUUCAAUAUCUUUUUCGAGGAGGUGAUGGUGUCGGCGGACCCAGAUAAGGGGAUUUCAUUUACGACCGUCUUGAUGAUUUUAGCUCAUUACAAUAUCAUCAGUGACAGUAAGAGUCUGAGACUGGAGGAGUUCUUGCGACGUCGUGCGCGUCUGCAACGCGUGGAGGAGGAAGUCCGAAGAAGAGUCGUCCUAGGCUUCUUCGAUACAUUGUUCUGGGUGAGGAAGUUCAAGCGCCAUCUUGAUAAGAAGAGAGCCGGACGUAUGACCGCUAUUCCGCAACUCGACGUGCCCGACAUCUUCGUUGAGGAUGAUGAUGCACAUCAGCGGACGCCGCAGCGUGCUACAAUCGCCACAACUCCUCGCUCGCGGGCUGCUACAACAUCUGUAGAUUUCCUGGCUGCACCAGAUGCAAUGCGACCACAGCACCACAGCUGGAACUCGAGCACCGACAUCGCAAGCUUCGAUGAUGGUUACACUCAUCCUUUGAGUCUUCCCAGGACUUCACCUUCUAUGCCCGGGCACCGCUCAGGGGAAUCUGCCUUCAGCUUUGAGCUACAAGACCCCGGGCCAUCAUCCGGCCAGAGCAGUCGGCGAGGCAGCUCAGUCAGCCCAGCCCAAGUUGGAGAACUACUCGACGACUCGGUCUGGGUUGAGAGUAUCCGUCGCAGUGCCACCAUCCGCAAAUCUGUCAGAAAAUCCGAUUGGACGCAGUAG